CCUGACGGGGCGCCCCCGCCUGUCCCGCAGGAGCCCCGCGCAGAGAGGCGGCCCCCGGCGAGGCUCUCGGCGGAGCAGGAGGCGGUGCUGCGCGCCGUGCGGAGCGGAAAGAGCGUCUUCUUCACCGGCUCUGCAGGGACUGGGAAGUCAUUCCUCCUGAAGAGGAUCGUGGGCUCCCUCCCUCCGAACAUCACCUACGCCACAGCCAGCACGGGAGUGGCAGCUUGUCACAUCGGUGGCACGACUCUCCACGCCUUUGCAGGGAUCGGUUCUGGGAAGGCACCGCUGGAGCAGUGCAUUCAGCUGGCAGAGAGGCCAGGGGUGCGCCAGCAUUGGCUGGCCUGCCAACACUUAAUUAUUGAUGAGAUCUCAAUGGUGGAUGGCAAGUUCUUUGACAAGCUGGAGGCAGUGGCAAGGGCAGUCAGAAAACGGGAUGAGCCUUUUGGAGGAAUUCAACUAAUUAUCUGUGGAGAUUUCUUACAGUUACCCCCAGUCUGCAAGGCUAAUGAAGAAACCAAGUUCUGCUUUCAGGCAAAAAGCUGGAGGAAAUGCAUCCACAUAAACAUGGAGCUGACUGAAGUGCGGAGACAGACUGACAAGACCUUUGUCUCGCUCCUCAGUGCAAUCCGUUUAGGCAGGUGCACGGAGGAGGUUACCAGACAGCUGAUGCAGACGGCCGCUCACAGGUCUGAGCGUGAUGGGAUCCUGGCUACGAGGCUCUGCACCCAUAAAGAUGAUGUAGAAAUAACCAAUGAGAGACGCUUGCAAGAGCUACCAGGAGAAGUGCAUGUGUUUGAGGCUUUGGACAGUGACCCAAUGCUAGUGAAGUUAAUUGAUGCUCAGUGUCCUGUGGGUGGUAGAGUUGAGCUAAAGCUCGGAGCUCAGGUGAUGUUAGCAAAGAAUCUGGAUGUGUCUCAAGGGUUGGUGAACGGGGCACGAGGUGUUGUUGUAGGAUUUGAAAGUGAACAGAAGAGGCUGCCUAAGGUGAGGUUUCUCUGUGGGGUCACACAGCUCAUAAAAAUGGAGAAAUGGAUCAUUAAAGGACCAUCAGGAGUUCAUCUGAGUCGUCAGCAAUUACCUUUAAAAUUGGCAUGGGCCAUUUCCAUUCACAAGAGUCAGGGCAUGUCUUUAGACUGUGUGGAAAUCUCCCUGUCUCGUGUCUUUGAAAGUGGGCAGGCUUACGUAGCCCUCUCCCGAGCCCGAAGCCUUGCGGGUCUCCGUGUUCUGGAUUUUGACCCAAAAGUAGUGAGGGCUGAUCCUGCUGUGCUGCAGUUCUACAGACAGCUGAGACGUCAUCAGCUUCUAACCCAGGAUUCACUACACACCCAUUCAGGUGCUGAUGAGAAGGAAAACUGGAAAUGCAACUGAGGAUGCUCUUCUGGUUUUUGUGAGGUAUCAGCACAGACUGCUGAGGUGCAGCGAUCUUGUUGUGUAUAUUUGAUAAUAUAGACAAAAUGAAAGGA